AUACUAAUAUAUUUAUUUUAAUUCAUAUAAAAUCUUCAUACAUUAACAGAUCUAUAUUCACUGAUAAUCAUGACCUUAAUGUUAAAUUAUUGAUUGAGAACUUAAGAGAUGUGAUAAUGAAGAAAUUGUCUAUAUUAUAUAUGACUGAGUCUUUUAUAUCUCUCUCUAUUCUCUCUGUUUCUUUCUCUGCUGCUCUCUCUCAAUCUUUUAUAUCUGUUUCUGCAUCUGAUUCUCCCGCUUUCACUACCUCUGUUUCUGUGAUUCUUACUUCUGCUACUUCUGCUCUCUCUGCUUUUAUCAUCUCUGCUUUCAUUAUCAGCUCUUUCUAUUUCAAGAAGAUGUUGCAUAGACUUAAUGAAUCAUGUUUUUCAGUAUAUAUACUCUCAUUCUUCUUGUCAAUCUCUAAAAUAAUUUAUUGUAUAAAGACU